UAUCGUUCCAUCACGCCGGUCCCGGAACAACAUGUCACUGCUAGUAUUAACUACGUGGGGUUUCUGGUGGGUGUGCACGUUUUCAGAUCAAACACCAUGCUGUCCUGAUGGUGAUGCGUAGUAGUAUGAUAUCGUUCCACUAAUAAAAAGAGAAGUUACCUCCGGUGAUCGACGCUCAAGCCACUUUGAAGUUCUGACCUUCUUUGCACUCUCUAUUCCGAACGCCAUGGAAAAGCCCUCUACAAUGUUGAUCGAGCAGUUACAAAGCGUCCACUCUCGUCAACGGAAGGUCAUUCAACAACUGCAGGCAGAUAACGCUAGAUUACUCAGCGAUCUCGUUGAGAUUCGUCGGGAGAGAGACGCUUUCCGAGCGGAGGCUGCGAAGCUUCGCAAGGAGCAGGCAGAACUGCACAACCGACUGGAUGAAACGUUAUCAGAGUAUCAAGAUUUGAAGCGGGAGCGUCUCACUCUUUCUCGCGCAUUCAGCAAUGCGUCUUCUUUGGGACGGCCAUCAAAAGCUAAUAAUAAGGCGAUGCAUAUUUUAUCAGCGACAAGAGAUGAAGCGAAGAGUCCAUCUCUUGAUUAUAACACAGAGAUGUCGAUGACGCAGAACUCAUAUUCAAGUCGCAAGUUACCAGAACCUGUAAUAACGGACGAUCCCCAAAUGGAUCAGCCUGUUCGCCCAAGUCGGAAGUUGCCUACGACCGCGAUGCCUGUUCCUAGGGUAUCAUUGUACGCACUCGACAUUAAACGUUGAAUGAUGGGCCAUGGGUAUGAGUUUAUGCCACCACGUCAGGACAUGUAACGGAAGGCAAUGCCAAGAA